AUGAAGCGCAGUAUCCCCCUCGUUGUCUACGUGGUCGUGCAGUUCGUGGCGUUCCUUCUGGUGCUGGCGGGCACGUCGGCUGAUAUGUUCCGCAUCCCGAGGGGCUCUCUUCCAACACUUUGCAUCACCCUGUGGGGACUUAGGUUAACGUGCAACUCUUCAGGAUAUGCUGCCUAUAUCGAUGCUACGUUUCGUCCUUGCCCUCACCGUAUCGCCCGUUUCCGCCUUGCGCAGGCGUUCGCUCUCAUCUCCAUCCUUGUGUACGGCGCGGCCUUUGUCCUGGGCUUAGUUUUGCUGUUUUACUGCUCUUUACUCCGCUUGGUCUGCUUGGUGCUGAACAUCGUUGGCGUGGUUACCCUGUGCGUUGUGUGGGCGGCCAUAGCGGUGACAUACAACAAGGACGACCGGUCCUUUUGCCGUGGUCUCAAAGUGACCGGCCAUUAUGCUGCCGGAUUCUUUCUCUUGGUGGUGGCCUGGAUACUGGAUAUCCUCAACAUCAUCUUCUUGCUGCUUCCGUUGCAGAUGAGGGGAUCACAGGACUGUGCAAACUCGAUGGACUACACAGAGCAAGACUAA